GAAAAAUAUAUAGUCGACAUGUGGGAUUUGUCUUGCACUUUACCUUCCCCAUUAGUCACAUGACAUAUAAUACUAAUAUAUCUAUAAAGUAAAAAGUUAAAAGAACAUAAGCAUCAACAUACAUUUAUAAUUAUAAAUUUAACAAAACUCAACACAUGCACUUGCUUCUUGUUCCUUCACAUAACUUCAUGAUGCCAAACACUUCCAAACUCCAAUUACCAUGUUCUUAUUUUUUAUGAGCUUUAAAUUUUACAUAGAAACCACAUAUGAUCUAAUUUUCCUUUUUUGUUUUAGUAAUUAAUCAUGAUCAAUCUAUUUAGUUUAAGUUCUCAAUAUUCAAACCUCAAUAUUUGCCAAAACAUAUCCUUUUUGUGAAUAUGAAUCUUCAUCAUGGUGGAGUUAAGGAGGAGUUUGUGGGAGGAAGUUCUUCAUUUUGUGUGGUUGGUGAUCCUCAACCAAUGGAAGGACUUCAUGAAAAUGGUCCUCCACCAUUCCUUACAAAAACAUAUGAUAUAGUUGAUGAUCCUUCCACAAAUCAUAUAGUUUCAUGGAGUAGAGGGAACAAUAGCUUUGUUGUUUGGGAUCCUCAAGCCUUUUCCAUUAGUCUUCUCCCUAGAUUCUUCAAGCACAACAAUUUCACCAGUUUUGUCAGACAACUUAACACAUAUGGAUUUAAAAAGGUUGAUCCAGAUAGGUGGGAAUUUGCUAAUGAGAUGUUUCUAAGAGGACAAAAAAUCCUUUUAAAGAACAUAACUAGAAGGAGAAAAACAAAUCAAUCUCAAGCAAUGCAACAACAAGCUCUAGACCCUUCAUGUGUUGAGGUAGGAAGAUUUGGAUUAGACGGAAUUGAAAUCGAUCGGUUAAGGCGCGACAGACAAGUUCUAAUGGUUGAAUUGGUGAAACUUAGACAACAGCAACAAAAUACUAGAACUUACAUUGAAGCAAUGGAAGAAAGGCUUAAAAGAAAUGAACAUAAACAAAAACAGAUGAUGAAUUUCUUGGUAAGAGCAAUGCAAAAUCCUAAUUUCUUGCAACAAUUGGUUCAGAAGAAGGAAUGGAGAAAAGAGUUAGAAGAAGUUUUUUGUAAGAAGAGGAGAAGAACUAUUGAUCAAGGGCCUAGUAAUGUUGAAGUAGGAGAUGUUGAGGAACAUGCUAAUCUCAUGAACCAACUUGAAAUUAGAGAUAAAGAGAUUGAUGUUGAAGUGUUUUGGCAAGAUUUGUUUAAAGAGGAUAUUGAAGAUGAAGUAGAUGUUGAAGAUGUACAAGUAUUGGUUGAGCAACUUGGUUAUCUUGCCUCUAGUCUUCCUAAAUAGGAGGUUUUAUUAAUUCCAAACUUGGCUGAAAUUUUAUUUCUUCUAGUUGGCUUCAUUGAUAAUAUUGAUUUAUAGUUGGGUUGCUGUAUUUUGCUUCAUGCAUGCUAACUUUAAUCUCGCGUGUGAGAGUUUAUUU